UCGGUUGUUUGUGUCGCUCAGUGUGGCGUGGUUUAUUGUAGCGAGGUUUUCGUAGUUUGUUUAGAUGCAUUCUUAUUUAUUGCCCUUGCAAGUUGUUGUUUUAGUUUGUCACUGGAGAACCUGUGUAGUGCGGAGCGUCGAUUGUGCCGAACUUCCAGUCCUAGACGCUUUUAGUAAGUGAAACGAUUGAAAACACAAGAAAGUUAGCUGUUGACUUCAAGAUUUAGAACAAGUAGCAUCACUUCAUAGUGUGUAGUGGACAGUGUGAGCCAUCAUUCCUCCCCCAAGCGUUGAGAAACCAGUGCUCCACUCUCCGAAAAUGUCCGGCCUCAUCAAGAUGGAAAAAUUCGAACGGGUAGGACGUGUCCUGCCGGCGGAGAGUUUCACCAGCAUCGAUCCGGCCGAGCCGGUGAAGCUGCGUGUUACCAAGGAAGGUAUUGCGUCGCUGGAGCCGCUGUCGGUGCCGGAUUUGCUGAACCGUACCGUACGUGACUUUCCCGAUCACGUUGCGAUGGCAUACAAAAAUGCUCAAAAAGUGUGGCAGCCGAUUACGUACACAGAAUACCGCGACCGGGUGCACAAGAUGGCUAAGGUAUUCAUCAAGCUAGGCCUGGAACCGCAUUACACGGUCAGUGUGCUGGCUUUUAACAGCCCCGAGUGGUACAUCUCCGAGCUGGCAGCCAUUCAUGCGGGUGGUAUCAUCACCGGCGUGUACACGACCAAUUCCGCUGAAUCGACACACCACGUGCUGGAAAGCUCCCGGAGUAACAUUGUCAUCGUAGACGAUGCCAAGCAGAUGGAGAAAGUUUACUCAAUCAGAAGUCGACUACCACAUUUGAAGGCUGUCAUCCAAACGUUGCCUCCGUACGCGCCCUACGUAAAGAAGGAGGACGGAUAUUAUCGGUGGUCCGAGGUGGAAGAAAUGAACACUGACGAUGUGGAAGAAGAGUUCCGAAAUCGUCUAGCCGAUAUUGGCAUCAACCGGUGCUGCUGCCUGGUUUAUACUUCCGGAACGGUGGGACAUCCCAAGGGUGUGAUGCUGUCCCACGACAACUUGACGUGGGAUUCGUACACAAUUGGCAAACGUCUGGAUCAGAUCCAGUCGGGACAAGAGGUGCUGGUGUCCUUUCUUCCGCUUAGUCACGUCGCAGCCCAGAUUGUGGACAUUUUCCUGGCGUUACAGUUUGCGGUGACGGUGUACUUUGCCGACCGAGAUGCGCUGAAGGGAUCACUGAUCACGACACUGCAGGAAGUUAAACCCACGCGAAUGCUAGCGGUGCCACGUGUUUACGAGAAGAUCUACGAGAAAAUGCUUGCCGUCGGGGCGCAGAGUGGUUCUGUGAAAAAGAUGAUUUCCACUUGGGCUAAAAGUGUAACACUGCAACACUAUUUAAAUAUGAUUGAGGGAAAACCGACAAAUUCGUGGCAAUAUCGCUUCGUGCGUAACUUUCUGCUGUCGAAGGUGAAAGACGCGCUCGGUUUCGGCAGGAUCAUCACCCUCGCGACCGGUGCUGCUCCGAUGGAUCCCGAAACGAAGAAAUACUUUAUGAGUCUGGAUUUGCCGAUCAUGGACGCGUUCGGCAUGUCCGAAACAUCUGGCGGUCACACAGUGACCGCCCCGGACAGUUACAAUUUCUCCACGGUUGGAAAAGCGCUCGGUGGCUGUGAGGCACGCGUCGAUAAUCCGGAUCAGAAUGGACACGGGGAGUUGUGCUUCCGGGGACGAAACAUUAUGAUGGGUUAUAUUGGCGAGGCGGAUAAGACCAAGGAAGCUCUCGAUGAGGAUGGAUGGCUACAUUCGGGUGACAUCGGGUAUACUGACGAACAUGGAUAUGUGUACAUCACUGGAAGACUGAAGGAAUUAAUUAUCACCGCCGGCGGUGAAAAUAUUCCCCCGGUACACGUGGAGAACCUUGUGAAAAAUGAACUGCUGCAGGUGAGCAACGCACUCCUGAUCGGUGACAAGCGUAAGUUCCUGACGAUGCUGAUCACGCUCAAAACGAACAUCAAUGUGGACUCAGGGGAGCCGAAAGAUGAUUUGACGCCAGAAACGAUUGCAUGGUGUAAAGAACUUGGCGUGGAGUACACUAAGUUGAGUCAAAUCAUUGCCGCCGGGCCGUGUCCAAAGGUUCUUCAAGCUAUUCAGGAAGGUAUCGAUCGAGCGAAUAAGAAAGCCAUUUCCAAUGCUCAGAAAAUCCAAAAGUUUGCUCUUCUCUCGAAGGACUUUUCUGUACCUGGAGGGGAACUCGGACCCACCCUAAAGGUGAAGCGUAACAUCGUAAUGGAUAAGUACAAGGACGUCAUCGAAAAAUUCUACGUCUGAAUGGACUGUGACAUUCCAGAGCUCCUUGCCCCGGGGUUGGGUUAGUUUACCACCCAACACAUUUGUUAUACAUGUUAGAUUGUUUUUUUUUUUUUUUUUUUCUAUUGACAAGUAAUCUUGAAUUGCUUUUUGUUUUUCGUUCUUGUUACGUUAGCUAGUUUUGCAGUAGCGUAAAUUUGUAUACUUGUAAGAUGCUCGGAGGGAUUGAAACCAGAAACACCAGUGCCGUCGACGGGCAGCAAUAUGGGACUUAAAGACACUAUGUUUGCAUAUACCAAAUACCUUCGGUUAGAGGAUGCUCUAACUGCGUAAGGCGAUAUUAAAUACAGACCGUACGGAACUGUCUGACUCGAGCGGACGAUUGAUUUGUGUAUAAAAAUUCUAGUUUAGUUUGUAAUGAUUACCUCAUUAGAGUCGUUAAAUGAUAACAUCGGCAGUGAAUCGCAGGUGAUAGAGAAACAGACCAUAUCACACCGUGGAUAGGACGGGAGAGAGAGAGAGAGAGAGUAAGCGUGAAAGGAAAGUAGCUGCUAAUUGAAUAAAAUCAAUUUUCUAAGAA